AGCACGUCAGCGCCGCCGCGCGAAGUCGACCGAACUUGACCGGAACACUCGUACUCAUAGGCAGACGGCACAACUUUGACUUUUUCAUCCCUCACUGUCGUAUCGAGCUCUUCGAGUCCCGCAAAAUGUCCAACACAAUCGCACUCUACCCGCUCUCGAACUUCACGUUCAGCACAAAAGAAGCACAACCGGAAGAAGACCCUUCAGUUUCUGCGCGACUUCAGCGGCUACAAAACAACUACGAGGACUUCGGCAUGCGCAGGACGGUGGAAGGCAUUCUAGUCGUACACGACCAUGGACACCCGCAUAUACUCAUGUUGCAGAUCGCGAACGCCUUUUUCAAGCUACCCGGAGACUACCUGAAGCCUGGUGAAGACGAGAUCGAAGGGCUCAAGAAGCGUCUGGACGACCGACUCGCGCCCCCAGCCGAGUCUAAGCAAUUUAACUCCUCUCAUGGCGUAGACAACGAGUGGGAGAUCGGCGAUUGCCUCGCGCAGUGGUGGCGCCCCAACUUCGAGACAUUCAUGUACCCAUUCAUCCCCGCACAUAUCACUAAGCCGAAGGAGUGCAAGAAGCUGUUUCUCGUGCAGAUGCCCGAACGCAAGGUCCUCGCUGUGCCCAAGAACAUGAAGCUCCUGGCGAUCCCUCUCUUCGAGCUCUACGACAACGCCGCUCGGUAUGGGCCCCAGCUAUCUGCCAUCCCGCAUCUUCUCUCUCGGUACAACUUCAUCUACCAGUAGUCGCCCCCUGAGAGUCAAAACCCACGUGCAUCCCAUUUCGUCGUCUCGAGUUUCUCGUUGUUCUCCUGUUCGCUCUAGCUGUCGUCAUGUCAUGAUUCAUCCAUACCGUCGCUUGCAUUGUAGCAUAGAGCCACGUAAAAGUCAACUCCCGGUCAUCUUCUGGUCUGCUGAGUC